GGGUCUUUUUUGGAUUGGUUAACUCACAUUCCAGUCUAUCUCUGUGACUCAUAUGGGCACAGUUAAGUUUCUUCAUGCAAACAACAGGUUGUGCAAUAUGUUUGUGUCCAUGUACAUCUACACACAUGUAGUCAUGUGAGUGUAUUGAUGCAUUUCGGUAUGUUUGUGUGUGUGUGUCUGUGUGUGUAUCUUUGGGUAAUUCGUAGUGGUUUGGAACAGCUAGCUCCUACAAUGAGUCACAGCUUCCAGCAACUGCAGAGCAUGCAAACCCUUUGGAUUGUUAUUGGAGACUGCAGAAUGUUCUCAAAAAAAGAAAAGAAAAAAAGAAAGUGUAGUCACCCAAAGUUAAAUGGAUCUCUCUUCUUAUCUUGUUCUUCAUGCCCGCCUACGUAGACGUGUCUAUAUUUUGUCUGCGAGUAUCUUAAUCUGUCUAUCUCUGGCCUUUCUUCCCUCUAUUCUUUUCACUUCUCUGAAUUGCUCCGUCAUUUAUUCAGUCACAGUAUGCUCUCCCAUUUUCUCCACAGCUUUGUCCUUCUUUCACCUUUCCCUGUCCUACUUAAAAUGACAAGCAGCACACUCACUUGUCUGUCCUUUCUGUUUACAGUUUUCUCCUUUUUCUUGUGCCCUGGAAAAGGCCUGGACGGUUUAAGUUAAACAUUGACAGGCCUAUUUAACUUCCCGCUGUGCCUGGCUGACUCAAAUAUUGACAUCAUCUUGGUGGGUCCACACACAAGGCUCAGGCACAGCAAAAUAGCAGGGGUGUGGAAAAGAGACUAAAAAAACAAGACAGGGUUAAAAAGUCAGAAGAGUAUGCGUAGGAAAACGAUAGUAAAAAAGGAAAAAGAUUGAGAGCAUCUUUUAUCCACUGGCCUCAGUUGCUCUGGGUUGAGUUGGUCGAACCACAUACACAGACACUCAUGCACACUAGUCUGGAGAUGAUUAGCUGUGUUUAGGAAAUGAUCUGUUCUGUAUUUUGGAAUUCAGAGCUUGAUCUGGAAUCACAUCAGCUGGAGGACACUUGUAGAGUAGCAAUAUGUUUAUUCAACAGAGGUGGAAACGACAAAGGAAAUCAUUGUUGAGGAAGAAAGCCGCUGACAAACAAACUCCACAAGUACAUUGUUAGUUUAUUAAUAAGAUCUGUUAACUGGAACAUUACUGCUUUAGAUCUGCUCCGUGUUUUUUUAUUUUCCAUUUGUCCAAGAUUUCCACGUUGUUCGUUUUUCAGUUCACAUUUCAGUGGAUUUGUAGUCAUAAAACUAAGUCUCUCAACAUUUACACUGGAAGGGAGCAGAUGCAAAUCUAUGCUGCUGCACAAAACACAGGAUGCUCUAAUAUCUGCUCUCUUGUUUUAUCUUAUUUUACUGUGUGCACAGGAUGAUCGCAGGAUAAAGGGCAAAGUAGCUGUCCACGGGUUCGUGUCAUGGUAGAAAUGCUUGCAAAUGAAGCAUCUAAGCAAAAUAGACGAACAACCUUUAACCCAGACAGGAAGGCACAGUCCUCCCUCUUAUUUUAUUUUUUUCUUAUUUACUUUUUGACGUUAUCUUUCUCAGUCAAUACCUUCCACUUGCAUACUGCAUACCGUUUCUAUGCUGUUUUAUCAUGAAGUCUAAGCAGUCACUUCUUCAUUUUAGACUCAGUAAGUCCGACUCUACACACUAUACCUGCUUUAAGGAUAAACCAGCGGAGUGAUUUUCAUAGCAAAGAGCUGUUGAAGAGGUAGGUAGACAAAGAAAGCUUUAGAGGUGGGGGUGGAGGGGGGUGUCUACUAAAGACCUCAUUGCCGAAUUGUCUUUGAACUAACCGACUACACACAGGGGUCGUGGCGGGUAAUGCUGUUACAUUUAGCUGGUCUUUAGUCACGUGCACUCAUCAGUUUGCUCUUUACAGUGUCACUUCGGUGUAAGAAACCAUCACUCGUUAUAUUUACCGUGUUAUAACUUAUUCCCUGUGGUUAUUUAUUGACCUGUCCUUAUCCUCCUCCCCCUUUUUUACCGACAUUUGGUACAGUCCCGGGUUCUCGUGGAUGGUAAAUCAGUGAACCAACUUUCUUCCACACUGAGUCAAGAGGAGGCGGAACAUCACGGAGGAGGGAGGCAGCACAGAGGCGGACAGUGGUGCUGAUAUAUAAUCUGUAUCUGUUUUGCCCGUGAGGGAGAAGUUUUUGUAGUUCUUGUCAUGAUAAGACGCUGAAGGGAAACAAAUAGCUCGAAAAGGUUAUUCUUUGUGUCUGGGAAAAUCCUAUUUGUUCCGGUUCAACCAUCCUGAGGAAGCCAGCAGAAUGAAGAGCAUGCUUCCCCAAAAGAGUCCUGUAUCGGCUUUAGCCUACAACACAGACUACCUGAAGUUUAGCAGUGACUAUAGCCAUGCAGUUGUGGGUGGCACCAGUAGUGCUAGGGGCAUGCGAUCAGCAUCUGAGCUUCGGGACUUGAUGGACACCCUGCAGCGUAAGAAAAUUGCCCUGGAAAACAGCCUGAGAGCCAACGGGAAUGCCAACCCCUCCUACUUCAGUGUGACACAGUCUCCCCCCACCACACCUGUCUCCAGUCCUGCCACAUCUUCAUCAGCCUAUCAGGAACAGGCAAGGCGUUUCUAUAGCUCCGAUCGUCCUUCUUUGUCCUUAAAAUCUGCUCCCCCUCUUUCCCCCGGGCGACGUUCCGACCCUUCUUCUUCUUCUUUGGCCUCACGCUCUUCAGUUGGCCGCAGUCAGGACAAUUUUAGCACCAGCGAUAGCCGACGACUGCACAGUCAGAGCUCCUCUCCUUUACUCUCCACCUGGAAUGGUGGGGGAUCUUCCACUUCUGUUGCCAGUAGUGAGAACUAUCUCCUCUCUCUUCCUCCAUCUUCUUCCUCAUCCCGCACUCCAUCUUCUGGGGGCGCUGCCAGCAUGCCCUCUAGCCCCCGUCUAGGACGCCGCACCUAUGGGAACCAGGGGAACCAGGAGCCGACGCCCACUAGUCGAACCAGGAAAUACUCAGCAGGUUCGCUGAGUGGGAUGACAGCAGGAGGACACAGCCGCUCACUGCCACGCCUCUGUCCCUCCCCGUCCCCCCGUGACAAUAAUAAUGGAGUGCUAACUUUGUCAACGCUGCCUCCACGGCGGUCUGAUACUGCUGGGGAUUACAAAUUUAGCAAAGAGCAUUACAGCAACGGCCAAAACGCUGACCUCAACCACAAGUCUAGUCACUCCAGUCAGCAAGCUGCAAACAGGAUUAAAGGCCAGACCACAGCUCAAGGGGAAGGUGUCGUGUCGAUCUCCCUCUCUUCCCCUAGGACCUCCUCCUGCUCCACCUCCCACUCCAUCUCUUCCACAUCCACAUCCACUCCACCAGAUGUAACAAUCCCAUCCAGGGCAGGGGGCUCCUCUUCUCCUCGUGUUGCCAAAAAACUCAGCCUAACCUCCACCAGCUCAAUAGGCUCCAUCAGCUCUAUAGCUUCGAGCCCUCCAGAGCAAGAACGGCUAAGCAGCAAUGACGCCUCCUCAGGAGCAGAAAUGUCUGUGGCGGAGCAAGAAACACCAGGAGUGGGCCUUGAACUCACCGUUGCACCGGGACUAGGACUUAGAGAGAGGAGUUCUUCAUUUGGGAAGGCCGGCCUGGAAACUGGAAUUGGUCUGGGGGAGAGGAGGCAGUCAUUUGGCAAAGCAGGGGUGACCCCGCCAGGGGGGUUCAGGGAAAGAAGGGGGAGUAUCAGCUCCCUAAGUGGGAAGGAAGAACUGACAGACUACCACCAACGCCAAAAAGAGGAGAGACUCCGUGAGCAGGAGGUGGAGAGACUGGAGCGACAGCGGCUAGAGACCAUCUUGUCUCUUUGCUCUGAGCUGGGCCGAGCUGAAAGGGACGGAGGCGCCGCAGCCACCAGCUCCACUUCAGCUGUUGCAGACCUGCAGAAGAUCAACCAGGAGCUUGAGAAGCUGCAGCUGACCGACGAAGAUGAUGACACGCCUUCUGUCUUUUCCGACUCUUCAGCUGUUAGUGGAAUAGUCGGAAACGGGCACACGACCUCCCCUGGAUCGGAGAAUGGUUACUAUGAUGAUGACCUGCAGGUACGACGGAGGCGUAGCAGCGGUCACCGAGACAACAGGGCCGAAUCGCCUGCUAUCAGUCUGCGAAGCUUUGCCCCCACACCUUCACCACGUGCACAUAGGACAAAUGAGGCUCUAGAGGAUGCAGCUCGCCAUCGUGGACAGGACACGAUCCCUUCAGAGGAGGAAGUGAGGCGCGUGGAAGAGGAGAGAAUCCAGGUCCUGAACAACAUGGAGGAGCUUGAACAAAAGAUCAAAGAGCUGGACAAUCAAAUUGAGGAAUCUGCCCGAGAGGUCGAGGUUGAGCGAGCUCUAGUUGAAGCUGAGCAGGAGUCCGAGAUAGCAGCUCUUCAACACGAAAAAGAUGCUUUAGAAGCGCUUCACAACAAGAUGGCUCACCUAGAGACCCAAUCCCAGCAGGAAAAAGAAAAGGCGUGCAAGCUGCUGCAGGCAGAAAAGGGCAGAGUAGAGAGGUUGGCUCAGAUUGUGUGUGAGCAGCGCUCCCAGCUGGACAGCUGUCCUGAAGCCACCAAGGAGCCCCUGCAGGAGCAGCUAGCCAGGGACUGCGAAGUGCUUGAGGCAGAGACAAAGCGUUUUGAGGACCUGGAGUUUCAGCAGCUCGAGAGAGAGAGCAGGCAGGACGAGGAGAAGGAGACCCACACCCAGCAGCUUCUCCGGGAGAUCGCAGACUACCAACGCAGCACCGUCACCCGCAAGGAGCGUCUGUUAACUCUGAAGAAGCAGUCGGCGCAGAUUACGCAGCAGGUUCAACGAGAGAAGGAGAGCUUCUUGAAGGAGAGGAGCAACCUUGAGUCCAUGCUGCAGAGAGAGAAAGAAAGCCUGGCUGUGCUGGAAAGAAAAUACGCUGGCCUCACCGGUGGACGGAGUUUCACCCUGAGAGAGGAUUCAGCCUCUUUGGCUGAUGUGUGUCGCUCCCUCCUUUCUUCUAUUUUUCUCAAGAACGCAGAGGGCUAUGUCACAGUCAGUGAAAUCAAUGAGCUUUACUCACAGCUUGGGCAAGACCCUAAAGUUGCUCCUGUCCCCACUCUGACCAAAGCCUCUCCUGAGCCCGAGUCAACCCUUUCCCCUGAUGAGGACACCCCCAAACCAGCGGAGGAUGAGCAUUUCCGUCUGCUGGAGGGGAGGAAGAGGUCUGAGAAAGAAAGUGGCUCACAUCUAAGUGAUACAUUACCCUGGAAGAAAACCGCGACCGCCAUGAACCCCCAGUUUAUGUGUGCAACACUCGGGCGCAGCUUCCCCACAAAGUCCCAUCAGCCUCUGGUACAGACUACAAGUUGUGGCAGUAUUCUUCCAAGAAUCCUCAGUUUAUCCAAUAAGGAAAGUGAAUCUCGACGUCUGCAUAAAGGUCAGCCGAGCUCCCGAGCUGCUUCUCAGACCAACGUCUACCUCGAUGCCUUUGGGUACCGUGAAAACCAGGCCUUUGAUACAAUGAGUGUGGAUAGUAGUGACUCUAUUGAAACCAGCAUCUCUGCUUGCUCACCUGACAACAUCUCCAGUGCCAGUACGUCAAAUGUAGCCAAGCUGGAGGAGAUGGAGCGCCUGCUGAGAGAGGCGCAGGCCGAGAAGAACCGCCUCCUCGAACACAAGGAGCGGGAAAUGGAAUUUCGAAAGCAGGCCUUGGAAGAGGAGAGGAGGAGACGGGAGGAUCUGGAGAAAAGGUUACAAGAGGAGACCAACAGACGCCAGAAACUGAUCGACCGCGAGGUGAAGCUUCGAGAAAAGCAGAGGGUGCAGUCCCGGCCUCUUACUCGGUAUCUGCCUGUGAGGAAGGACGAUUUUGACUUGCGGGCUCACAUUGAGUCGGCGGGCCACAGCCUAGACACGUGCUUCCACCUGUCCAUCUCUGAAAAGACCUGCCGAGGCUACUUGGUCAAGAUGGGAGGCAAAAUCAAAACAUGGAAGAAACGCUGGUUCGUCUUUGACCGCAACAGACGCACACUAUCCUACUACGCAGACAAGCACGAAGUCAAGUUGAAAGGAGUCAUUUACUUCCAAGCUAUUGAAGAAGUAUACUACGAUCACUUGAAGAAUGCACACAAGAGCCCAAACCCCUCCCUGACCUUCAGCGUGAAGACUCACGAUAGGGUCUACUACAUGGUUGCUCCCUCUCCCGAGGCCAUGAGGAUCUGGAUGGAUGUGAUCGUCACAGGCGCUGAGGGAUACACUCAGUUCAUGGUGUAGUGAAGCAGAUGUACGGGCCUCAUGUUUUUUUAAUGCUGCAGUCCUUUGUGGGUUUUGAAGACAAAAGUAUCAGCUCCUUAUUUUCCUCCUGGAUGAAGCUUAUGUGCAUUUGUGUUACACAGAUAACACUUCAUGUUGUGUUACAGAGCUCUCAUGUGAAAUUGCGGGCAGAUAUUGGACAGUUUAACUGUCUUCAGAGAAGAAUAAAGUUUUUUUGUUCUGAUUUUUUUAUGUAAGUUAGAAACAUUAGUUAAACCAGAGCUGACUUUGGUCUCUAUAUUAUGCCCUACAGUGUUCAGCAUCUUAUACAAAUUGUAUACAUAUUUCCAAUAUUUCCAAAGAAAUGGGGGGAAAGGCAUUUAAAAGCAUUUGUACAUUAUGAAAUGCCUCAUAAUCUAGUAAAGGUAUAUUUUUUAUUAAAUGAAUUAAUUUCAUGUAUGAUUAAUGGGGCAUUCUCAGGUCUUAAAUCUGUGCGUGGAUGUGCAUGCAUGCAUCAUAUGAUCAUGUGUGAGUAUAUACACAUGUGAUGAAUUGUCUGCUCUGUGUGCGCGCGCAGGCACUUUUCGUGUAGCUCCAAGGUGCUGUACUUACACGGUAUAUGACACUAAUGUUCCAAACCACACUCGCACAAACCAAACUAAUCAGCCCUUCUCUGAAUGGAUGCAGAUGCCGGGUUUACAACAGUGUCAGCAUAGGUAACGUGUUAAUAAAACGACAACGUAUUUGUACAUUUUGCCUGCUAAUUUCUUAAAUGUUAUGACAUGUAUGGUCCAUUAUCAACUAAAGAUGUUUGUUUGUGCCUUUUAAUCACAUUUUAAAUAUUUUUUAGCACUACAUACAUCUACAUACAAAACGCCAAAGUGGUGAGAAAGUACGCUAGUGUGGAAUUGCGGUCCUGAAUGGUUUUUUAAGGAAGAACUUCAGCAGGAUGAAGUUUUAUUGUUAGAAGUCAAGCAGACGAAAUCUAUGGUACACACAUUUAUUUGUCCUAAGGUGGCUGAUUACUGUGCUGCUGCUUUAGUCCACUACAUUUCAUUACAUUGCAUUUAUUACCACUAAUUUAAUGUGUUUUAUUUUUUUAAUGACUAUUCCACUAUGAUCACUAAUGCUGCUUUAUGCAUUAUACUCCACACUGCAUUGGCAUAUUUCUGUCCGCUGAUAACUGCAUUUAUAAUCUUGCCUCCUGUGUUUUUGUGUGCUGACCAAGCUUUAUACAUAUGUGAUACAAUGUAUAUUUGGUUUCUUUGCUUUGAAAUAUCUUUUAAGUGGAAUAUUGUCUGUUUCGACAUGACGUGCCGAGCAUAUUUUUACCAAACUAAUGGAGUUGUCACAGAGGAAGCUUUCAUGUGUUUUAAUUCAUCCAGUAUUUUUAUAUAAUUAAUUUUUAUGUUGAUUUUACUGUAUUUAUGCCAGUACCAUUGCAUGUAUCUUAAUUUUGUAUUUUCAUAUGAAUAAUAAAAAAGAAUAUAUAAUAAAUAUAAUCGUUUGUGUUGUUUAUGUCUUGAGGAAUACUUUUCUAUGAGAACAGUGGAGCUUGAGCAUUUUACAGGUUUCCACCAGCAGUAUUUCAAACUGUGCUGUAGUGCAACCUGCCACAGAUCACUGGGAUAAAGAAUCACAGACAGUAAAGACAAUAAGUCUUUAUUUAAGUUCAGCUGAAAUGUAUUAUUACCUGUGUGAAACUCCUGGAAUAAACAUCAUAUGUGUCUGCACUCUCAUUUGUCCUAUGUUACAGUUACAGUACAGACAGGUGAAAUCCACACAGCCAGCUCAGAAUCAGGGAUGCACCUACCUUACUCCACCAGCCUAAACUAAGCUCAGGACAUCUGUUCCAGUUCAUAGAUACAAGGCCUUACUAAGUAAAGCACACUCCCCUAAUCCGCCUGACACAAUAUUAAUAAUAAAUAUUUUGAUAUAAUGACACAAAAAAAAUAGUAAAGUAUCAUGCAGCAGAAAGACGUGUCUGAUAUUUGUAAGAAACUACUUAAAAAUGGAUUUUUUUGUGUGGAUACACCUGCCUACAUAUCUGGCUGAAGGGGGCGUGGCUCCACCUCAGCUCCUCACUGAGCCAUAUUACAAUGUGUAUAAAAUAUCUGUGGCCUGCAAACUAUUACACACACACUGUGCUCACAUGUUUUUGCUUUCACAUUAGCUCGUCCAGGUACUCUCGGCACAGGAAUAUAAGUGGAGGAAAGGGUCUAGUCGAUUUGGCUCGGUUACCCAUGAUUCAAUGCGGAAAUGAAAUGAACCAGACAGAUAGCAAGGUUUGUAUAAGUGCUUUGCGGAAAGUUCUCUGUGAUUUUAGUAUACGUGAUUUAUUCAACUUCCGUAUUAAAAUGCAACUCCUCUGCCCUCACUUUUUUUCACACACCCGUAUGUAACUGUAUGUGACAGCAGCGCCCUAUUUAUAAGUCUGACUCUCAUUACGAACGUGGUUGGUCCGAAGACAGUGGGAUGUGGCACUUCCGUCCGAAGCCCCCCAAAGAGCACAGUCAUCAUUCGCUCCGUGCAUCACCAUGUGGCGCCAAAUGUGAAUCGCGAUCUUGUUUACGCGUUUGAGGUUCUCCUUGUGGAUUUCCAUGAUGUUCACAAGGUGAAGCUCGACCACGUCAACGUGUUUGCGACUCACAUGUGGGUCACCUUGUGCUUCACGGAGCGGCUGAUGCCUGUGCUCCUUGUUG